AUGUCGCAGAGGAAACGGCCAACUUUCAUUGCUGGGAGUACACAUGAGGACUUUCGAGAUGAUUCGAGUGAGCGAGAAGAGGAAGGGGAUGAUGAGCCUGAAUACGACGCACGCAAUGGCCUUCUCAUGAACGGGACCCACUUUUCCGACGAAAACCCCCAUGAAUCAGAAACAUCUUCGCCGCAGGCUCCUUAUUGGUCGACAAAGCGCCAUACUAGUUGCGGCAACCCAACUCCACCACCAUCCUGGUCAACCAAACCGAUUCCAUGGCGGGGCUCAUCGACAAAGCUAAAAACUGCUAAUGCCGCUCUGGUUCUGUGUCUCAACAUCGACGUGGAUCCCCCAGACACGGUCAAAACAAAUCCUUGCGCAGUGCUUGAGGCCUGGGUUGACCCUCACACGAUGCCUUCUCAGAAGGCAAUGGAAGCCAUCGCGACAAACCUCAAACUUCAGUUCGAGGGUUUAAGCCUCAAAAUCAUGUAUAAGCCCAUCCAAGACCCUUCAUACGACGACCUUUGGCGUGCCUGCCAAACACUGAGGAAGAACGCCAAAGACGAUGCGGUCUUGUUCCAUUACAACGGUCAUGGAGUACCAAAGCCGACAGAAAGCGGAGAAUUGUGGUGUUUCAACCGGGGCUACACUCAAUAUAUCCCCGUUUCGUUGUCAGAAAUCCAGGAGUGGCUUCGUUCGCCUACCAUUUACAUUUGGGACUGUUCGGGCGCUGGUCAUCUGCUUAGUAACUUCAAUAUCCUUGCAGAGAAACGCGAUAUGGACGAUAAUAUGCGCCAUGGUGGUCCUAUGCACGGCUCACAGCCUUUUAUGGCUUCCCUUCAACUCGCUGCUUGUGCGGCCCACGAACAACUGCCGACUUCUCCUGAACUUCCUGCCGAUCUCUUCACUUCUUGUCUAACCUCACCCAUCGACAUUGCUCUUCGAUACUAUAUCAUGCACCACCAACUACCGAACAACAUCACCGCAGACAUGGUUAUGCAUCUCCCAGGAGACCUGAAGGACCGCAAGACGCCGCUGGGCGAGCUUAAUUGGAUUUUCACAGCGAUUACUGACACCAUUGCCUGGACGACGUUCUCACGAGAUGUCUUUACGCGAUUAUACCGCUGCGACCUCUUAAUCGCCUCCUUGUUCCGCAAUUUCCUGCUUGCCGAGCGUAUCAUGAAAAACUACCACUGUACACCUCACACUCAUCCCCCACUUCCUCCAACCAACACGCAUCCUUUGUGGGCAACCUGGGACUUGGCGGUCGACGCCUGUCUUCGUCAACUACCCAAUUUAAUUUCUACACCAGCUGACUCAGGUCCUGUUGAUCCAGGCACCACAUUGCGUCCGGGGCGGAUUGGUCAAGGCCAUCCUGCGAGGGCGGGCUACAACUAUGUUCCUAGCCGCUUUUUCGCAGACCAGUUGACUGCAUUUGAGGUGUGGAUUUCUCGUGGCGGUGCCGCUUUGACGAAACGAGGUCCAAUGUCACUUCCCGCAUCGAGCGAGCAAUUCCAUGGGUCGGGAGACAGUCUUAACGCCUUGUCGGAAACCGAGCCCGUCAAAGAAUCACACCUUGUCCCUCGUAAACCUCCAGAUCAGCUUCCUAUCGUACUUCAAGUGCUGUUAUGUCAACCACAUCGACUACGUGCCCUUAUUCUGCUAUCGCAGUUCGUCGAUCUGGGUCCAUGGGCUGUGAAUUUAGUACUUUCGAUCGGCAUUUUCCCAUACAUCAGCAAGCUUCUCCAAGCCGCCGGCCCUGACCUCCGACCUGUGCUUAUAUUCAUAUGGGCGCGAAUCCUUGCUGUGGAUCCUUCUGUGCAAACGGAUCUGAUCAAUAAUAACGGUUAUCGCUAUUUUGCGUCGAUUUUAGGGGCACGUGACGACCAGACGGCAUUGCCCAACUCGUCAGAGCACAAGGCCAUGUGUGCUUUUAUUCUAGCGUCAGCUUCUCGCGACUACCCGCCGGGCCAGGAAGCUUGCUUUCACGCGCGCGUGUUUGAGCACUGUUACGAGAAAUUAGACGACCCGGACUAUCUUUUGCGACAGUGGACCGCCUUGUGUAUAGCCCAAAUGUGGGAUGGCCAUGAUGAAAACAAGAAAUUUGGAGUGGAUAACGGCGCCCACGAACGAUUCGUCCAACUCUUGUCAGACGACUCGGUGGAAGUUCGUUGCGCUGCAUUGUACGCGUUAGGGACAUUCAUGGGUGCAACGGGGGCGUUAGCUUCGAAGAAGAAAACAGGUGGUGGGGGCAGUGGUGCAGUAGCCCUCGAAUCCCGAACGGACCACUUCAAACUUGAGGUUUCUAUCGUCACUGGGGCCAUGCUCGCGAUUCGGGAUGACGCUAGUCCCAUGUGUCGAAAGGAAAUGGUGGUCUUGCUGAGUUGUCUCGUCAAAGAGUAUCGCGGGCAUUUCGUGGUGUGUGCUUGGCUAUAUUGGGAAGAAGACAGGAGGUGGAGGGAUGGGCAUGUGGAUGACGAUGACAUAAGCAUCACCGACCAGGCUAUCGCAGAAUGGCUGGAUAGCUUCCCUGCCGAAGAAAGUCAGGCUCAACGGGUCUAUCUUUCCUCAUUCUUCACCAUGUUCAUCACAUUGCUCGAUCUGUCUGUCGACCCUUACCCGGAAGUGGCUACCAACGCGCAAACGGUGCUUGACUACAUUAUGGCUCUUCUGAUUGAGUCGCCCUUCGCUCGUCUUUCUUCCUCUUCCCUGCUGGAUCGGCCCCUCACUCCAGAUAAUGCAACCAGUACCACCUCUUCUCGUACGCGAGUUGGAUCACAAGCAUCUUUCGUCUCUCUUUCGCCUUCUUUUGCACCGACUGCAGCGGCUCCCUCUCCUGUAGUGCGGCCAGCCCUCUCGCGAACGGAGACGAUGACCAGCACCAUCUCUCAUGGGGUAUCAAACACCAUUCGACGAACUUCGUCAUUUGCCAACGUCAUCAAAUCCUUUGCAAAUGGUAUUGCGUUCCCCACAGCAACGGAGGAAGGCCAUCAUCAAGCUCAUCAUCCCCACCAUGCAUCUAUUUCAGAGCCGGUAGCUCGACAAGACUUCAAUAAACCCACUGCAUCUCGGCCACCGUCCCCUCAUCUGAACCUCGCAAGAUACGCUUCACCAUAUACACCAGAUGCACUGAUUGACGAGGAGAGUCACCAUUUACACUAUACCCCGAAACGCGACGCAACUUACCACCCUCAACCGCAAGCGGCAGCUCCUGUAGACUUUUUAGCUUCAAAUGUAAUUGAGGCUCUUACCGCAGAGGACAUGGAACGACUACGCGCAAGGAGGCUGGCUGGACUCGGUGGACGAAGAAGCCAUCAUCGGGGUGGACCAUCAGCCAGCCCAAGCAGCAGUAUGUCGUCAAUGGAUUCAAAUGGAAGCGUCAUCUUGGGCCUUGGAACUGGUAUCGGGAUGGCGGAUGUGCUACCGUUGAGAAGCACGUUCUUCGAUUGGUGUUGCGAAUACUUCACAGAGCCACAAAUGCGGCAAGCUGAAGCGGAUGAGCCAGGCAGCAUCCAAUAUAACUACCAGAUCUGGCGGCAACAGCGCAACGAGAAAGUGCUUGAGGAGACCGCGAAACAGGUCGAAAAUUUCGAAAUGCGUUCAUGGGAUCGGCCAGUUGCGACCCUACAAGUUCAUGGUUACCCUUUGACGAUGGCUUUCCACUCCUUCGACAAACACCUGUUCAUCGCCAACGAAGCUGACAUCGUCAGUGUUUGGGAUUGGUCGCAAAAGCGGCGAUUGAGCUGGUUCCAUAACGGGAACACCGCUGGGACGAGUGUUACCUCUCUAGAAAUCAUCAACCAAGAUGUAGGUGGUAUCAUUCUAACAGGCGCCUCGGAUGGCAUCGUUCGGCUUUACAGGAAUUACGACCCCUCUGUUGACCAGGGGCCUAUCCAGAUGGUUAGCGCGUUCCGAGGCUUGACCGAGAUUGUCAACAUCAACUCGGGUGGUGCUGGCGUCGUGAUGGACUGGAAGCAGUCCACAGGGCUUCUGCUUGUUGGCGGCGACUCACGCAUCGUUAAGGUGUGGGAUGCUCAAACGGAAACGCCUAUACUUGAUCUCGAGACAAACUCGGAGAGUCCGGUUACCGGACUCGUCUCAGAUGCGGGCGCCUCAUCACAGACUUUUGUGGCCAGUUUUGGCAACGGCGAAGUGAAGCUGUUUGACCGACGGUUAGAAGAGGAAAAUGCGGUUGUCGCGCAUUUCCUUGGCCACGAGUCUUGGGUGCAAAAUGUCAGGUUGCACCCAACGAUGCAGUCGCAAUUUGUCACGGCAAGCCUGGAUGGAAAGGUGAAACUCUGGGAUUAUCGUGGCAAGCCAGAACACAUCGCUGCCCUCAAUGUCAAUUCAUUGGCAAGUUGGGACGUGCACCACGAUGGAAUUGCCGCAUUCGAUGUCCAUCCGACAGCUGGGGUUUUUGCUGCUUCCAGUGCGAUUAAUGCUCGAAGUUGGAGGAGUCAGCGCGUCACAGUACAGUCCUUGGACAUGGAUUUUGUCUCUGCGAGCACUACAAGCGUGUCUAGUGGACUCGGCUUCCCGCCAUCAAGGACAUUCCCGUCGCCGUUUAUACCAAGACUGAGCUCUCUCAAGUUUCAUCCCUUGGAGUUGUUAUAUGGCGUUGGCGGGCCGGAUGGGACGGCAAGCGAAUCGCCAUUUGUGGAAGCCGGCCGUGCCGAUACUCUCCCAUUCCCAGCCUCACUUCCUUCUUGGUAUCUUUCCUCCUUGGUAUUCCCCACCAAAUACCUGAAGAGCUUCAAUCAAACAUUCCACAUUCUUCAAAUUUCCUGGGCCAGGAGAUUUUAUGCGUCAACUUGGCGUCAACCAAAUGAGUCAAUGAAGGUUUCUCGGAACUUUGGACUUGCUUGA